GAAGUUCCUCAGGUCUACCUGGGGUUGGACCUUCGUCCUCACAGGCUCCUUCGUCGUGCUCCUCUCCUUCUCGGCCUGCCGCUCCAUCUCCCUCACCCUUCGCCACCUCUCUCGGAUGGCGCUCUCGGGCGUGCUGUGGUGGGGCUGUCGGCGCCUUGUGACCCUGCUGGAGGACGCGGCCGGGGCCUGCUACGAACCUCUGGCCCCUGUGCAGGACGGCCAGAGCUCCUCCACCCCCGCUCAGCCUCUGCUGCUCCUACAUGAGGAUCAAACCAAGGCCUCCUGCCUCAAAGCCAACAUGACGUGGAGAGGCUAUGAGGUUUCCCAGGAAACGCUCAUCCUCUGCCUGUGCUGCCUGCUGAUUGUGGAGGAGCUCUCCGUCUUUGGUCGUCACCUGGAACACGAGAAGCGUCUUCACAGGCCUCCUAGCGCUCCCCUGAGAGUCCUCUUCCUCCUGUGUGUGCUUCUGCUCUUUAUCUGGAUGGUCUUGCUUCUGUGCAUGCUUGCAUACUUCCCUGCAUGGCCUUCUCAGCAGCUGGGAGGAGCUCUGGGCUACCUGGGGUGGAGGGGCCUUUAUCAGGGAUGGUACCGCCUGGCACCCAGUCACUGGUCCCCCGGUUUACCAGGAGACGGCCUUUUUAGCAGCACAGACUCUGAUAAACACUCAAACUAGUUUAAGGGUUUUAAAAUUAAACACAGCAGACUACGGAGAUUCUUGUUGC